UAAUCAUUGAGUAUUGCAUACUUUUGGCGGAAAUUUCGGAGCUUGCGCGUUGUCAGCAGUUUGCUUACUCAUGUUUAAUCCUUAUUCUUCUAAUGGAGGGUAGGAGCUCAAUUAUACUCAUUUUGAGUUACUUUAGGACUGUUAUGGGAAUUGCCGGGAGUGACUUCUCCCUCAUAGCUUCUGACACUCGUCUAUGCGAUGGUGAUUUUGUUAUUCUCUCUAGGAACUCUCCUCGAUUGUUCAAAUUAGGUCCUGGUAAUAUCCUAGGGUGCGCUGGAUUUCACGGAGAUGUUUUAACAUUGACGAAAUUACUUGAAAAUAAAGUGAAAACGUUUCGUUAUGACCAUGGAAAGAACAUUUCGACAAAUGCACUAGCUGGCCUCUUGUCUGUAACUCUUUAUAACAGACGGUUCUUCCCAUUUUAUGUAAGCAAUGUACUAGUUGGUCUAGCUGAAGGCCGUGGUGUGCUAUACAGUUAUGAUCCUGUAGGAUCAUAUGAAUCUGAGGGGUACCGCGCCUCUGGCAGUUCUUCGGCAAUUCUGCAACCAUUUCUGGAUAGCACGGUUGGGAAUAAGACCUCGAAAUAUCACGUGUCACGUUUGGACAAGGAAACGGCUGUUAAACUUACUCAUGAUAUAUUUAUCAGCGCUGCAGAAAGAGACAUACAGUGUGGUGACAGUGUUAUCAUCUACACAAUCACAAAAGAUGGGUUGAGUGAAGUCUCUUAUCCACUGAGACGCGAUUGAAAACUUUCGGGACUUUGUAUUUCAUACUUUUGGUAUCGUUUGUAAGAUAAUUGUCCUCUGAUUCUUUUCACAAAGCAACCAUUGUGUUCUGAGUAGUUUAAUUCAAAUCUUAUUUCGGUUACCAAGGUCUAAAUUGUGAUUCGCCGGAGAGAUAUAAGCUUGCGCUGCUUGUUGUAGUUUACUAAUGUCGAGUUGUGACUCUCUCUCUUUACAUUCCUGAUUAGUUUUCUUCGGCAUCCCAAAGUCUAACUAAACAAAAAAACAUCGCUACUAUGUAUUUGUUAUAUGCACAACAAACCUGUUUUGCAACAUUUGGCACGCUAGUUCCCUAAGUUGACAAAUCGUAAAGUGUCAAUGUGUGCCACAUAACGCCCUGAAUAAAUACCCAAAAGUGGUCAAAACAAAUGCUCGAAUUUUAAAGUUCGGCCAUUUUGCAAUAGCAAAGCGAAUCGUGGUUAUUUUCGAAAUCCAUCUAAAAAUUAAGGAGUAAGUCCGUCUAAAGAAAGGGUUCAGAAUAUCGACUGCUAGUUUUUUAACGCGUAAUCGUCGUCUAUAAUUAUUUUCAUUGCAAACAAAAUAACUAUUGUGCGUAAUCAUUUAAGUAGAAAAGUACAAGUUAGAAGUACGUAAAACACUCAUAAACCUACUCCCAAGCAGUUUUGAACAUCAGCGACCGGGAUUCCUAUGCCUAUCAGUAGCGUUUUCCGUGUAAUUUUAUUAGGAUUAAAUACGAAUCGUAGUGCGAGGUGAAGUCUAGCAGUUUGAUAUAUUCCUUUAGCCCACUACAUCAUAUGUUUGUAUCCCCACUCUACUCUAGAAUGCAGUUUAUUGACUACAACACAUUUAAGUUGCAGCCAUACACUCCACAUCACUUGCCCCCCAGUCUAUCCAACCAGGUAGCAUGAUCAGCUUUAAGAGCGAGUGUACUAACCUACACUGGCUUAUUCAACUCAAUCCAGUCAUUAACUAAGUAGCUGAUCAGUAUAACUAGCCUUCAUAUCAGCCAGUCAUGUGCA